AUGCGCUGCCUGGGGGUGCCGCUGAUGCUUGUGGGCCUGUGUGCCGCCCAGUUUCUCCCCAUGGAAAAAGGGUGUGAGGAGCCUGACAUACCGCCCCACAGCGCCUACCUGUGCCAGCCCCCCUUGUGCCAGGGGCCCUGGGAAAACGGCACCUUUGAAGCCGGUGCCAUGCUGGAGUACUUCUGCCAAUGGGGUUACGUCCUCGCCAGCCUACCCAGCCUGGCCAUCUGCCACAGAGGGGAGUGGCGCGUGAUUCAGGAUGUCCUUUGCAAGCCACAAGGAACCCCCGUGGCCCCGCGCAGCAGUUCCCUCACUCUCGUCAACUCCAUCCCGCUGAUGGCCGGCACCUUGGUCCUCCUCUCGGCCGUCAUCCUGGCCCUCACGCUCUGCUUUCUAGUCGUCAGGUCCGUGCCCUCCCCUUGCGGCGGCACCAGCCAGGCGUACGAAACCUUGGAAGACCGGGGCUUCGUGGUGGAGGGCGUGGACGGGCCAGGCACGAGUCCCACGGAGGACACCACACUGUCCCUCCCUUCCUACGAAGAGGCCGUCUACGGUCACACCGGCGCCCCCGUGCCAGCCGCCAGCCGGGGCCCGAUCCCUCUCAUCCUUUUGGCCCAGCCGGAACGUUCGGGCAGCAGUCGUGGGCCGGGGGGGUCCCGCGAGGUGGAAGACCCUCCACCCUCCUACCAAGAGGCCAUGGCCACAGAGAACGCCCUAGACAGACAGCCGGCUGAAAGGUGGCUGACGUUAUCCAUGUUCCCCAGGGAAAGUGAACUGAGCGCACUGGCGAGCGUCCCGGAACUCCCCGUGCCCGGGGUGUGUGUAGCCCUGGUUUCCAAAGGACUUCCCCCCAUCCAGCAGCUGGAAGCCCCCAAGUGA